CAAGGGCUUCCGAUCCAAACAUACGCUCGGCUGCUGAUCCUUCCUGAAGUUCAUGAGGAGUUGGCCGUCUCUAGUACGGCGCUGUUUCUCGACCUACAAACAUCAUGCACCGAGGCUCGAGCCCAAGAAGGGGGACCGUGUGGUCGUGGCGAUGUCGGGAGGUGUAGACUCUUCAGUCGUAGCCAAGCUUCUCAGCGAAAAGGACUACGCCUUAACCGCCGUCUUCAUGAGGAACUGGGAUACCCGGGACGAAUCGGGCACCGACCAUGGCUGCGAAUGGGAGAAAGACUGGGAGGAUGUGCAACUUGUCUGCCACAAGCUGGAUAUCCCAUGCAAGAUGGUAGACUUGUCUCGUCAAUACUGGACCCGAGUCUUUGAACCAUGUCUCGACAUGUGGCGAAAGGGUUACACCCCUAAUCCCGAUAUUUGGUGUAAUAAGGAAGUCAAGUUCGGCGGAUUGGUAGAUCAACUGGCGGACGGAGACUACUGGCUUGCUACAGGACAUUACGCUAACAAGGCGUGGGUUGCGCACCGUUCUCUAAUCUCCGAGUCCGCUGGAGGUACCCCGGUCCUGCGUCCGACGCUCAUUAGACCAAAGGACAGGACAAAAGACCAAACAUACUACCUCUCAGCCAUCUCCGAGCAGAGCCUUGCGCGUACUAUCUUCCCGCUCGCCCCUUUCAGCAAGCGUGAAGUGCGUGAACUGGCACGCAAGGCGGGCUUGCCGACAGCGGCGAGACAGGAAAGCAUGGGUAUAUGCUUUGUGGGCGAGAAAAGGAGAUUUAACGACUUCCUAGCACAGUACAUCACCCCUAAUCCUGGCUCGGUUGUGGACCUCGAGACCAACCGAACUGUUGGUCGUCAUCAGGGGUUAUGGCAGUACACAAUUGGUCAAAAUGCCCGGAUAUCGGGUCUGGAUCGCAAGGCGUACGUCGCAAGAAAAGAUUUGGAACAUAACAUUGUCUAUGUUGUGCCCGGAUCAGAUCACCCCGCCUUAUAUUUCAAAGGCUUGGUAGCAUCGGGAUUCCAAUGGAUCUGGCACGACUCUGUGCCAUCUGCUUUAAAUACAGACAAUGCUUUCCACUGUCGUGUGAAGUUUGGAUAUCGUACACCCGAUGUCGCGUGCACCGUACGGAGAGGCGCGGAAGAAGAUGCUCUGCGUUUGACUUUUGCAGAGCCACAAAAGCACGUCGCUCCGGGACAAGUUGCCGUUGUAUUGGAUGGAGAUCGUGUCUUGGGAUGUGGGACAAUCAUGGAACCACUCUGAUGUACGAUAUGCAUUCGCUGCACAUGCAGGCAUGCCCAUUGGCUAGUCUCCUCUGGGCAGGUUAAGAAGUCCUCUUUGACGGAGGGGAGGGCAGUCUUCUACCCAUUGACAUUUGUGCCCCGUGGACUACUGCGGUCCGGGUCUGUCCGCCCCGAGUAAGCCUUCCUAGGCUCUUAUUACGUGGAUUGCGCACUGGGGCUGCUGGUGUGACGAUACUUCUCUACUCUAUUAUGAUGAAAAAUGCGCAAGACGUGGCAAUCAUGAAAUAGAAGACGUAGAAAGC